ACUUGUGUUACUAAGGCAACGCCCUUUUUUGGUACUGGUAUUACUAUGGCAAUUUUCCAUCGGUACGAGACUGGUCUCCCAGAUUUUGUUGAAAAGCGUCAGAAUGGUUUCCUUGGCUUUUGGUCCCAUGCUAACUAGAAAUUUCAGAUGA